UCUUCUUCCUCCAUAAUUCAGCGUUCAGAGACUAGCACGCAGCGGUUUUUCGUGGAUCGAGUUCAGUUGAGGCCACCGAGGAAGGAUGAGUUCGGAUUGUGUGAAGGAAGACUGUCUUGGUUGGGCUGCGAGAGAUCCUUCUGGAUUUCUCUCCCCCUACAAAUUCAGCCGCAGGACUGUGGGAAGCGAUGACGUCUCGAUCCGGAUCACGCACUGUGGAGUGUGCUAUGCAGAUGUUGCUUGGACUAGGAAUGAGCACGGAAGUUCCAAGUAUCCUCUCGUGCCUGGGCACGAGAUAGUUGGAAUCGUGAAAGAGGUUGGCUCCAGUGUCCAACGCUUCAAAGUCGGCGAUCAUGUUGGCGUGGGAACUUAUGUCAAUUCAUGCAGAGAGUGCGAGUACUGCAACGACGGGCUAGAAGUCAACUGCGAAAAGGGGUCGGUUUUCACUUUCGACGGAAUCGAUGCGGAUGGUACGGUCACAAAGGGAGGAUAUUCUAGUCACAUUGUCGUCCAUGAAAGAUACUGCUUCAGGAUACCAGAAAACUACCCGUUGGCUUUAGCAGCACCAUUGCUUUGUGCUGGAAUCACUGUAUACACUCCAAUGAUGCGUCACAAGAUGAACCAACCAGGUAAGUCUCUUGGUGUAAUUGGACUCGGUGGGCUCGGUCACAUGGCAGUCAAGUUUGGGAAGGCUUUUGGACUGAAAGUGACAGUGUUCAGUACAAGCAUUUCUAAAAAGGAGGAAGCACUGAGCUUGCUUGGUGCUGACCAUUUCGUUCUCUCAUCUGACCAAGAACAGAUGAAGGCCAUGGCUAAGUCCCUGAACUUUAUAAUCGACACGGCAUCCGGCGAUCACCCAUUCGAUCCUUACAUGUCUCUUUUGAAGACGGGUGGUGUUCUGGCCUUGGUUGGGUUUCCAAGUGAAGUUAAAUUCAGUCCGGGAAGCCUUAAUAUCGGCAUGAAAACUGUUUCGGGCAGCAUAACAGGAGGAACAAAGGAUAUCCAAGAAAUGAUUGACUUCUGUGCGGCGCAGAAGGUAUACCCGAAGAUCGAACUGAUACCUAUUGAUUAUGCCAAUGAAGCCCUCGAGAGGCUCAUCAAGAGAGAUGUGAAGUACAGGUUUGUCAUUGACAUCGAGAACUCCCUGAAAUGACGCUAUUUGUCGGGAAGCUGGGAUCCUUUCUUGGCAAAAGAAAUCACAAGGAGAGGAAAGUGGAAGUCAGAAAGCAUUAAGCAGAGUUUUACGUACUUUUCUUGCCCUGUAGGCAAUGAAUUCUACAUCCAUCGCAUACCUUAGUUGAGAAUCUAUUGUUGAAAUAAGCGAAUUAGUUAUGUUGUGUUGUUUUGUUGUAUUAUAAUUGGACUAAUUCAAUUUCUUAGAAUAAUUGGCUUCUUUA